AUGGCGGAAGCGCACCAGGCUGUGGCCUUCCAGUUCACGGUGACCCCAGAUGGGGUCGACUUCCGGCUCAGUCGGGAGGCCCUGAAACACAUCUACCUGUCCGGGAUCAACUCCUGGAAGAAACGCCUGAUUCGCAUCAAGAAUGGCAUCCUUAGGGGUGUGUACCCUGGCAGCCCCACCAGCUGGCUGGUCGUCGUCAUGGCAACAGUGGGUUCUUCCUACUGCAAGAUGGACAUCUCCAUGGGGCUGGUCUGCUAUAUCCAGAAAUGCCUCCCUGAGGGAUGUGGCCCCUACUGGACCCCACAGACCCGGGCACUUCUCAGCAUGGCCAUCUUCUCCACGGGGGUCUGGAUGAUGGGCAUCUUCUUCUUCCGCCAAACCCUGAAACUGCUUCUUUCCUACCACGGUUGGAUGUUUGAGAUGCAUGGCCGGACCAGCCACUUCACCAAAGUCUGGGCUAUCUGUGUCCGCCUCCUGUCCAGCCGGCGGCCCAUGCUCUACAGCUUCCAGACAUCCCUGCCCAAGCUUCCCGUGCCCAGCGUGCCGGCCACAAUUCAGCGGUACCUGGAAUCUGUGCGGCCCUUGAUGGAUGAUGAGGAAUACUACCGAAUGGAGACACUGGCCAAGGAAUUCCAGGACAAGACUGCCCCCAGGCUGCAGAAGUACCUGGUCCUCAAGUCAUGGUGGGCAACUAACUAUGUGAGUGACUGGUGGGAAGAGUACGUGUACCUGCGGAGCAGGGCGCCCCUCAUGGUGAACAGCAACUACUACGUCAUGGAAUUUGUGCUCAUCAAGAAUACAAAUAUACAGGCAGCCCGCCUGGGAAACAUCGUCCACGCUAUGAUCAUGUAUCGCCGUAAACUGGACCGUGAAGAGAUCAAGCCUGUGAUGGCCCUGGGCAUUGUACCCAUGUGCUCCUACCAGAUGGAGAGGAUGUUCAACACUACUCGGAUCCCAGGCAAGGAGUCAGACCUGCUGCAGCACCUCUCCGACAGCAGGCACGUGGCUGUCUACCACAAGGGCCGCUUCUUCAAGGUGUGGCUCUACGAGGGUUCCCAGCUGCUCAAGCCUUGCGACCUGGAGAUGCAGUUCCAGAGGAUCCUGGACGACCCCUCCCCACCUCAGCCUGGGGAGGAGAAGCUGGCUGCCCUCACUGCAGGGGGAAGAGUGGAGUGGGCACAGGCACGCCAGGCCUUCUUCAGCUCUGGCAAGAACAAGGCUGCUCUGGAUGCCAUCGAGCGUGCUGCUUUCUUCGUGGCCCUGGACGAGGAGUCUCACCACUACGACCCCGAAGACGAGGCCAGCCUCAGCCUCUACGGCAAGGCCCUGCUGCACGGCAACUGCUACAACAGGUGGUUCGACAAGUCUUUCACUGUCAUCGCCUUCAAGAAUGGCCAGCUGGGCCUCAACACAGAACACGCGUGGGCAGACGCCCCUAUCAUAGGGCACCUCUGGGAGUUUGUCCUGGGCACUGAAACCUUCCACCUGGGCUACACGGAGACCGGGCACUGCCUGGGCAAACCGAACCCCAUGCUUGCAGCUCCCCAGCGGCUGCAGUGGGACAUUCCUGAGCAGUGCCGGACAGUCAUUGAGAGCUCCUACCAGGUGGCCACGGCACUGGCAGACGACGUGGAGCUGUACUGCUUCCAGUUCUUGCCGUUUGGCAAAGGCCUCAUCAAGAAGUGUCGGACCAGCCCGGACGCCUUCGUGCAGAUUGCCCUGCAGCUGGCCCACUUCCGGGACAGGGGCAAGUUCUGCUUGACCUACGAAGCCUCCAUGACCAGGAUGUUCCGGGAGGGACGGACUGAGACCGUGCGUUCCUGUACCAGCGAGUCCACGGCCUUUGUUCAGGCCAUGGUGGAGGGGUCCCACAUGAAAGCAGACCUCCAAGAUCUCUUCCGGAAGGCUUCAAAGAAACACCAGAACAUGUACCGUCUGGCCAUGACGGGGGCUGGGAUAGACAGGCACCUCUUCUGCCUUUACCUGGUCUCCAAGUACCUGGGGGUCAGCUCCCCCUUCCUGGCUGAGGUGCUCUCAGAACCCUGGCGCCUCUCCACCAGCCAGAUUGCUCAAUUCCAGAUCCGUAUGUUUGAGCCCGACAAGUACCCCAAUCACCUGGCUGCCGGUGGUGGCUUUGGCCCGGUGGCAGAUGAUGGCUAUGGGGUUUCCUACAUGAUCGCGGGCGAGAACACCAUCUUCUUCCACAUCUCCAGCAAGUUCUCAAGCUCAGAGACAAAUGCCCAGCGCUUUGGGAACCACAUCCGCCAAGCUCUGCUGGACAUCGCUGAUCUUUUCCAAGUCCCCAAGUCUGACAGCUGA